GAUCUCAGAGAUGGGACAGACAGCCGGAGGGUGAAGGACGUGUGAUUCCGGAGAGAGCCGAUCGCCGUUUCUAGCGGAGCGCACCGCGACUGGACGUGUCCGCUCCAACCGGGACGAGAGGAGCUCCGCGGAGCUACGUUAUCCCCCCCCCCCGUUCCCAAGAGCUGGUGACCAAACUUCCCUUAGAAAUAAACUCGGAAAUUCGGUCCGUUAUUUCUCUUUCUUUCUUUAUUUCGGCGUGAUUGCGUGACAGCACCCCCACACCCCCAGAUUUGCGCUUUCGAGAGGCGUCGCUGUGUUGAGCCGACGGAUCUGUGGAGUCAUCGGCCGGGACGGGACGGACGCUGAAGCGAGCAACACAUCGCUUCCUUGCGGCUGAUCUGCUGUGAAACGGUCCCUCCUCGCCGCCACUGACUCUUCCGAUAAGCAGAAGGUGUUUAUGGCUUCAUGGACAGGGAGGAACACGGGGAGCCGUAGACUUCUGCCUCACGUCCGGACCAUGGUGAUGCCUUGCUGUUUUUGUACACUUUGAUUGAAAGUACACAUCAACUGACUGCACAGCACCGAAGCAACAGAAUAGGCAAAACAUCAGAUUGCACACUGGUCUUGUGAAAGAAGUGGGAAGCUCCUUUUUUCUUCUUCUUCUUCUUUUUUUUCCUCCUUUUUUUUGUGGCCCUGCCUUGUUUUCCCAAGAAGUCAGAACGGAUCUCUAUCUCCUCCCCGCGCAACGGAGUCCGACUCUCUCGGCGGUUUAACCAAAGUGCUGGAGAUAGCAUGGCAAUGGUAGUAAACCAGUGGCAAGAGAGCAUUUCGGCAGAUCCGGGGUCUCAGCUCCAGAUUUGCAGCCAGGAGCCGGGGGGGACGCCCGGGACGCCGAACGGCUCAACCCCGGGGAACGACGCACUUUCAGGGGACAAAAUCCCCAACGUGGACUGCAUGGUGUGUGGGGACAAGUCCAGCGGCAAACACUACGGCCAGUUCACCUGCGAGGGAUGCAAGAGCUUCUUCAAGCGCUCGGUGAGGCGGAACCUCAGUUACACCUGUCGGGGCAACCGCGACUGUCCCAUCGACCAGCACCACCGGAACCAGUGCCAGUACUGCCGGCUCAAGAAAUGCCUGAAAGUGGGCAUGAGGAGAGAAGCGGUCCAGCGAGGGCGGAUGUCCAACUCCCAGAGCAGUCCCGGGCAGUACCUGACCAACGGCAGUGAUCCGUAUAAUGGCCAGCCCUAUCUGUCCGGCUUCAUCUCUCUUCUGCUGCGGGCCGAGCCCUACCCCACGUCCCGCUACGGUGCCCAGUGCAUGCAGGGAAAUAACCUGAUGGGCAUCGAGAACAUCUGUGAGCUGGCGGCCAGGCUGCUGUUCAGCGCCGUCGAAUGGGCCAAGAACAUCCCCUUCUUCCCUGAUCUGCAGCUGAUGGACCAGGUGGCGCUGCUGCGCAUGUCAUGGAGUGAGCUGUUUGUGUUGAAUGCUGCCCAGUGCUCCAUGCCGCUCCAUGUGGCUCCUCUGCUGGCAGCGGCGGGCCUGCAUGCCUCGCCCAUGUCGGCAGAGCGCGUGGUGGCCUUCAUGGACCACAUCCGCGUCUUCCAGGAGCAGGUGGAGAAGCUGAAGGCCCUGCAGGUGGACACGGCUGAGUACUCCUGCCUCAAGUCAAUUGUGCUUUUCACAUCAGAUGCCAUGGGGCUGUCAGAUGUUGCUCACGUGGAGAGCAUCCAGGAGAAGUCCCAGUGCGCCUUGGAGGAGUACGUGAGGAACCAGUACCCCAGCCAGCCCAACCGCUUUGGACGGCUCCUCCUCCGUCUACCCUCGCUGCGGAUCGUCUCCUCGCCGGUCAUCGAGCAGCUGUUUUUCGUGCGUCUGGUCGGCAAGACGCCCAUUGAAACGCUGCUGCGGGACAUGCUGCUGUCAGGCUCCAGCUACAAUUGGCCCUACAUGCCCGCAGUGCAGCGCGACCGGCCCAUUUCCCUCCAUUACAACGAGAACGGACCCUGAGGCUGCAGAGACGAAAUUUGGAGAGAAAUUCAGGCUGAAUGUCCGUCCGAUUAUCCAUCCACCCUUUCCUCCUUCCCCCUUUGUUUCUUGUCUUCAACUUAUCAAAGCAUCCUCCUCAACGUUGAGCCAAAAAAAAAAAAACGCUGACUCGACCAGCUGACCUUACUAUACUUCAAGCCGGACGAUCCUUCACCUCCCCCAGGGACUUUGGCGCCGACUCAAGAGAGUUUGGCGGCCCAUUGUCCCUUAAGAUGAUGUCAGAGUUUUGGUUAGAGAUGUGGUGUGAGACGGACCGGACGGUUGAACGGGGUUUUUGUGCAUUUCACCGUCGGUCUAUGUGACUCCGCGAAGACGCCAGUCUCAAAGCCCCAAGCAAUGGUAGCAGUGGUAGAUCGAACGUUCGCUCUGCUGUCGCUCGAGCAAACGUAUGGUGACUUUUUUAGCAAGGGCUCUGCUGGCAGAAUUCAACAACCAACAGAUCACGGCCUGUAGUCUAUCUCCCAGUUUGCAUUUUGAAGAAAAAAACCAGAAGCCAUUAAAAAAAAAGAAAAGAAAGACAGAUGCCAAAAUAUCCUUGUACUUUUGCAGAGGACAUGUUUAUUGUGUGUGUGUAUUAGCACUGUUUAUAAUGAGAGAAUUUCUCAUGAUUGUGUCCAUAUGUAUAUCAUUGACUCAUAGGCAUUCAUAGUGUAUCGGGGAUUCAGGGGGCAAAAGCUCAGGUUCAGGGGCUGGGGGAACAGACGGACAUUUUUAGAACAAGGACAAAAAAGAAAAAAAAAGAAGAAAAAAAGACAAACCUCUCUCACCGAUGGGAAAUAUUUACACUUACAAAACCGCCUGUGCCAAAGCUGAAAAACGCGUUGUGUUGGGAUUAUUUUUUGCGGUAGAGUUGUUGAUUAAAAAAACAAAAACAAAAAAAAAUUUUGGUUUGACUAUAAUUUGACUUUUUUAUUUUCUAUUUAGGACUCAGGGGGAGUGGGACUUUGUAGAAAUCAAUAAAAGCUUUUAGGCACUUGCAUUGUAAAACUAGACAGAAUCUAUAUCCGAUCCACUCCAUCCAGACCACAGCACCGGUAGACUCCUGCUACUGCUCUGCCAUUCUCUAUAGCUUUGCUCUUAUAGGGUCACAAGCAGGUCUUUGGGAAGUUUACCGUUUCACAGUAUUGAAGUCACUCUUCAUAAAUCCUACGUAAAGCUCUCAGAUAGGAGUGACACAACAUGUUCAUUUUUGUUUUCGCAAUCAUGAUUGUCAGUCACUUACGACAGUGGACAACCGCUGCUGACCGAAUACUGGACAAUUUGGACCUAGGGAACUUUUUGUAAGAUUAGCUGUAGUUGCCUUAGAACAAAGAUUUUAUCAUUGAACGUUCAUGUUAUGACUGUGCCAUAAUCUGUUGUCGCCUGUUAUGACAGGUAUCCGAUCCUCCUGACGUCACUUCACGACAGGAACAGAACACACACGCUUAAAAAUCAAGGGGGGUUUUGGGGGCGUCCGGGUGGCGUGGCGGUCUAUUCCGUUGCUUACCAACACGGGGAUCGCCGGUUCGAAUCCCCGUGUUACCUCCGGCCUGGUCGGGCGUCCCUGCAGACACAAUUGGCCGUGUCUGCGGGUGGGAAGCCGGAUGUGGGUAUGUGUCCUGGUCGCUGCACUAGCGCCUCCUCUGGUCGGUCUGUCGGUCGGGUAACUGGGGGGAGUAGCGUGAUCCUCCCACGCGCUACGUCCCCCUGGUGAAACUCCUCAGUGUCAGGUGAAAAGAAGCGGCUGGUGACUCCACAUGUAUGGGAGGAGGCAUGUGGUAGUCUGCAGCCCUCCCCGGAUCGGCAGAGAGGGUGGAGCAGCGACCGGGACGGCUCGGCAGAGUGGGGUAAUUAGCCGGAUACAACUGGGGAGAAAAGGGGACAAAAAUAAUUAAUAAAUAAAUACAAUUAAGGAGGAUUUUCACACCGAGGGUCAUGAUGGGAAACAGUAGAGACGUGAAUAUACUGAGAACCGAUAACCAAUCAGUGAAUCGAAGAAUAAGUGUUGAAAAAACGAAGACUUUUCAUAAGUAAUUAUCAACUUCCUGUUCUGAGCGGGUUCCUUUCCUGUCCCGGUGAAGUCACGUCAGGAUGCCACCUCAACUUUUACAAGUCAUUCAAUGGGACAUUAUGAUGUAUCGCUAACCUCUUAAAACCUCAUUUCACUUUACAAUAUUAUCCUGGUUGGACUUUUGAUUGUGACAUAGUUUAGUAUUAAGUGUUUUUUUUGUUUGUUUGUUUUUGUUUUUUUUUGGUAGCAGCGAAACGAGUUUGUUUUACAACCCAUCUCACAUUUCCAACGUGGCACUGUGGUAAUUUCAACAAGCAUUGGUAUUUGAAAAGCCAUCUGGGACCUUUUGAGAGCUGUAAAUUUCUCCACAGAAUAUUUCUAUAAGAGUUUGUUUUUCUCCUCUAUUUUUGUUUGGAAAUAUGAAUCCGUUGAUUGAAAUAAAAACCUGU